AUGGGUAACGUAUUAGCAGCUACACAACCCUUUAACUCAAAUUUAACUCCUUCUGGGGAUGCUUUAGAAAAAAAAUUCGAAGAUAUUACCUUAUCUAACCCUGGACCAUUUGAAGAAAUUCAUAGAAAAUGCAAAGAUGUAUAUCCUAUGACUUUUGAAGGGGCACGUUUAAUGGUUAACAAGGGAUUAAGUAAUCAUUUUCAGAUCUCACACACCCUUUCAAUUGGGAAUAUGAAUUCAGGUUAUCGGUUUGGGGCAACUUAUGUUGGUAACAAGCAAUAUUCACCUAUUGAGGCAUUUCCAGUUUUUUUAGGAGACAUGGAUAUUAAUGGCAAUUUAAAUGCUCAAAUUUUACAUCAACCCUCAUCUAAUCUUCGAUAUAAAUUUGUUUCUCAGAUUCAAAAUAAUAAAAUGGUAGCAAAUCAAUUCACAGCAGAUUAUAAAGGUAAAAACUAUACUGCAUCCCUAACCCUAAGUCCAAAUAUGGCACAAAAUAUAUUUGCCUCUCAUAAUAUACUCUCUUCGAUCACAUCUGGCAUAAUAGUAGCUCAAUAUUUACAAAAUGUCACACCAAGUAUAGCUUUAGGUACAGAAUUAAUGUAUCAUAGAAACCCUGAAUCUAAUGGAGCAAUGAUGAUAUCUCCUUUUGGGGGAGCUAUGGGUGCAGGCAUGCCAACCCAUAAUGCAAUCAUGAGUGUUGGGGCUAGAUAUACAGGUUCUAACUACGUAGCCAGUGGCUCUCUCGGUAGUGCUGGCAUCAAGGCUACUUAUUGGCAACUGAUUUCCCCCAUUUUUCAAGUUGGCGCUGAGGUGGAGACAAAUCCAACAUUUGGCGAGAGCUUAGCUACAUUGGCCUACCAAGUUAAUAUUGGGUCUGUUGCUAGCCAGUACCCCAAUCCUUCCCACAAUAUGAAUUCUCAACCAUCAACUUUCCGAGCCUACAUAGAUUCUAAUGCUACACUAGGAGCUACCAUCGAGAAAAGACUCACUCCACUUCCGUUAACCUUGAGUUUGAGUGGGUCACUAAAUCACGCCAAAAAUAUGAGCAAAUUUGGUAUAGGAGUCAUGCUGGGAUGAUCAAUACAAUUUAGAGAUUUUUUUUAAAUUAUACAGAUAGAAUGUUUGCGUUAUUAGCUCCUGUACAAGCCUGAAUAUCAUUUUACAGUUACCCUUGUGCCUUUUUACAAAAAUGUGUCUUUUUAUUACUUUAUUCUUGGUAUCCUUAUUUAUUAUGCUUAUCUUAAUUUCAGUUAAACUUAGAUAUACUUUUUCUUACGCAAUACUCUAAUAAGAAACAAUUUUAAAUCAAGCUGUGAUAAAAAAAAUUUAUAUAAGAUGGUGUUUUUUGAUAAAUUGUUCAUCUUCUUUCUAGCUAGUCCAUAACUUUUUAAGUAAAAUUUUUAUCUUUGGAACCUUACAAACCAUAUUUUUUUUGGUCGGAUUUUCUAGCCAAAAAAUACUACCUUUUUAUAAAUUAUAAUUUCAUCUUUAAAAAAAACAAACACCACGCCAUUUUAAUAUUUCCUUACCAGCUCAAAUCAAAAUGAAGGAAUCCCUUUUUUAUUUUAUAAUUUCUAUAGUAAAGGCUAUCAUUACAAUAUUAUUUGAACAAAUAUUUUUAUUGGUCCAAAACCGCGUUAUUGAUUGCGUACGAUUUCAUGUAUCCAUUUAUGUUGAAAAAUUUUUUAUAUAUAAAUUGUGAUGAUACAAAAAUUUCGC